AUGAUGUGGCUUGUAACUCAAAUCUUCUUGUGGAUCAUAUCGUUUGUAGCUACUGUUAAUUGUCAAGGAGGAGGUGGCGGUGGAGGUGGCAGUGCAGGCAUUUACGGUAUUUUCAUUGUCGUUAUUAUUCUGCCAUUGUACUGUUGUUAUCAAUGUUGUGCAGGUAAACCAAGGCGAUCUAAUGCUAAAUUUGUUAAUAAAACAACAACGAACGAUGAAGAAAAACAAAUAAUUGACAUAAAACUUUUUCAGUCUGGUCAGUGGGAGAGUCAAUACUUUCAAUAUAGCAAAUGGCACGGACCUUAUCAAAUUGAACUGUCAUUCGAUGCUUUACAAUCGAAAGUAACAGGAUCAGGAUUAGAUGACAUCGGUAUGUAUUCUAUCGAAGGUACCUAUUCGACACAGAGUCGUCGAAUGGGUCUAACAAAAACAUAUCAACUUGGUACGGGAAAUCGAUUAGAAAACUUAGGACACACUGUUACUAUUCAACUCGAAUGGAACAAAUAUAAUAAUCAAUUCGAAGGCAAAUGGUAUGUACGAACGAAGAAGUUUAAAGGAGCUGGUGAUUUUAAAAUUAAUUUUGACAAACGAAAUCAAUACAUGCCAGUAUUAUCGAUAUAUGAAAAAGUGUAA